AUGGCUUCGCCCGCGAUUCCUCGCAAGCGGCGUCGAGCGUCGUCUGCAGAUUCUGGCGCCAACCAGUUUGCGUCCGAACAGCUCGCGGUCCUCCCAAAGCCCAUCAAAUUGAACCCAGGCAGCCACAUUGCGACAGAAGACAUCCGAUUCAUACUCUCCUAUCUACCCCUUGACACCGUCAUCGACAAGUUCACAUCUGUGGUCUCUGAUAACCAAUCUCAAGCCUGGAAGAUCGCCGAGCGCUUCAACGAUUUCAUCAUCCCACGGAAGAUUGAGUGCGCGAGAAACGGCGACGUAGAGGGUUUCGAAUCCCUUCCGGGUCCCUUUGUCAGAUCUGCUUCACUUAGCCAUCUGUCUGCCGCAAUCGUGUCGUCGAUGCUCUCUCAUUUACCUCCCUUCACGGUCGCCGAUAUGUUUGCUUCUGUCAUUCCUUCCGAUCAGAGCCUGGGCUGGACGAUUGCCCGGCGGUUCAACGGUCAUGUUAUCAGGCGCAAAUGGGAGCUUACAAAGCUAGUCGAGGACAAGGCGGCCCGUGGCAUGCCCGAGACUCCAGCCAGGAAGACUGUGAGCAUUUACAGAGGUAGAGACCUCUAUAUCAUUGACGUCCAGGAUGUAGUUGACCGUCUGAACUCACCUUCCUGGAACGGAAACGACUCUACCCGCGAGUUUAGCGAUGAGGAGAUGGAGUGGAUCACCAAAUACGUGUUGCCGCUUGGAGUUUGUCAAGAUAAGCGCGAGUAA